AUGUCUACUUCCAAGGUCAUAAUCUUCGGCGCCACUGGGGGGGUCGGCUCGGCUACCGCUCGCAGUGCUCAGGAACACGGCGCGAAAGUGUUCCUCGCAAUGCGAAAUCUUGGAAAACCAAUUCCGGAUCUCAGUCUAGAGCAAGAACAGGCGGGUGGUUUCGAAAGGGUCCGAGCCGACCUGACGGAUCCCGACACAGUCCGCGAAGCGGUGGUUAAGACUGGAGCCAAACUCGCUUUCAUUUAUGCAGUCAUGGGUUCGUCCGACAAGAUGAGGCCUAGUAUUGCCGCGUUGAAAUCGGCCGGGAUCGAAUUUGUGGUCCUUUUGAGCAGUUCCAGUGUCGAAGGCAACCCAAGGGAUAUAUCACCCAGUGAUUUUAUAGCUUUUGCGCAUGCAGAAGUUGAGAUUGCUCUGGAGGAGAUAUUUGGAACAGAUCGUUUUAUAGCCGUUAGGCCAGGGUUUUUUGCAAGUAAUUCACUUUGGUGGAAGAGCUCCAUCGAUCAUGGUGAGGUGAAACUUCCCUACCCGGAAUUGAAAUUCGACUGGAUUUCACCUCAAGACAUUGGGAGAGUGUGCGGCAUGCUCCUUGCAAACGGAUCGCAGGGUAUUAAGGGCGUCAAAAUACCAAACUUUGUCUAUCUUUUUGGGCCUGAGAAGCUCUCAAUGAAGGAUGCUAUUGCCAUUAUUGCCAGAGCGACAGGCAAAAAUAUCCAGGUCACACAGGUUGAUGAGCAAGAAGGUUUGCAUGUCAUGGUAACACAGCAUGGAAUACCAGAACCUGUCGCUGAAUACCUGAUCAAGGGGUUUCGCGAAUAUGACAAGAAUGGGGGCCUCUUUAAUACUCCAGUAUAUGAGCAAGCUGUGGGAAAUAUUGAGAAGUACACAAAUGGGCAACCGACAAUGUUUUACCAGUGGGUGGAGGAAAACCGGCGGGACUUCGGUGCUUGA